AUAUUUGACUCCUCAGCCCUCGGCACGAUGUCAAACGUCAGAGACCCCCGUUAUUCUAUAGGAACACGCUGUGUGUGUUUGAUUCAUUUGCCAGUUUGUUUCUCCUCGGACACACGAAAUGACGAACUAAUUGAUGGUUUCAGCGGAGUUUCCUUAGACUUUAUUUCCCCAUUCCUUCAGAUACUUUAUCUCUCAAAGAAGGAUUUAUAACAGUGUUUACUUGGAAAUCUUCGGUCUUUGAGGAUAUCAAUCUAUGUCAGGGGUAAAUCAAAAGGAGAUGAUGGCUUUAUCGUUGUUUUAUGCGCUGUGCAUGUGGAUAAGUUUAGUGUGUCCUUCACUGGCAACAGGGUUUGUUUAUCACUUUCCGGGCAUCACGCUGCAGCGGCAUCGCAUCAAAUCGGAACAAAGUGGCACCACUGGACCGCCAGGUACUGGAACCCGUAUCCAACUCAGGAACUGGUGUCAGUAUACUGUUUCCAGAACAGUGACCUGUCAGGUGCACAAUGGGACAGAAACUACUGUGCAGAGAGUGUUACAGGGCUGCCGAUGGCCGGGACCUUGUUCCAAGGUCAUCAGCUACAGGACGGUGAUCAGGCCAUCCUUCAAAGUUGCCUACAAGCAGGUGACUGCACUGGAGUGGAGAUGCUGCCCAGGGUUUGUGGGAGAAGAGUGUCGUGAACAAUGUUUGAACUGUACCAGUUUCACGGACAUGAACAGCAGAAUGAAUGCCAUUGAAUCAAAGAUCCAGCUGUUAGAAGAGGAACGUUCAAGGCUGCCAAUCAGCAGUUCACCAGAGGGCUCAACAGACAAUGAGGUGGACGCACCCCAGCCCACUCCUAUCAUGCCACCAUCACACCUGCCACCAGGAGGCAGAGUACUUCCUGGGCCUAUUGGACCACCAGGAACUCCAGGUUCUGCUGGACCUCCAGGUCCGGCUGGCAGAGCAGGCCUCCCCGGACCCAUCGGACCAAAGGGGGACAGAGGUCAAGCAGGCAUGAUUGGUCUCCGCGGCCCUCCUGGUCCCCCAGGUCCUCCGGGGCCGAGCUCUUCUCCUGUGCGAGAGCGUGGUGACGUUUUUCACGUGGACAAUCAAGAGGAGACACCCAGACUUCGUCCUACGCUUCCUGUUCCUCAGAUCGUAGUCGGGCCUCCUGGUCCAGCUGGUCCUGUCGGCCCCUCAGGCCCUCCAGGACUGAGAGGGCUUGCAGGGAUACCAGGCCUACCGGGACGAGAUGGCAAAGAAGGCCUCCAAGGAAGGCACGGGAAUCCUGGACCUAAAGGAGAUUCAGGGAUAAGGGGGCUUCCAGGAGUAGCAGGGGAGCUCGGCCUACCUGGAGCACCAGGGCCAAAAGGAGAGCCAGGAGAGGGUUUGAAUGAGGGCGAGGCCGUGCAGCAGCUCAGGGAGGCCCUGAAGAUCCUGGCGGAGAGGGUCCUAAUCCUGGAGCACAUGAUCGGCAUUCAUGAGAACUCUGAAGGAUCUGGGUUUGGCAGCAUUUCCGACGCCCUGUCUUUCUCUGCGAUUAAGACGAAGCGCUUUCAGCCGGUUCAAACCCCUCUUCAGGCUCCAGUACUGGGGGAGAGACAAAGACGAACCCCCCUUUAAGAGUAUAUUCUAAUGUUGUAUGUAUGUGUAUAAUUGUCAUGGAUGUGGCCAUUUUUUCUUGACUGGAACGUAGCGUUUUUGUUUAUACCAUGUUUCUCAUAUUAUCACACAUUUUUGUCCCAUUAUUGCAUCUUUACAGCUGUAAAGACAAAGCGAUGUUGAGCAUUUCAUGAACAUGAAAGGCUUCAUUGAGCCUUUUUGACCCUAUUGCUGCAUGAUCUAAUCUACUUAACCUGAGCAGUAUCACUUGUUCAAAUGUCAUACAACAAAAUGUUAUUUCAGAAAAUGUUAUGAUGGUUUUGGCAUCUCUCUUUCCUCAGAUAAAAGACUGUAUAGCAAACACAUCUCUUUCCUUGGCUGAUGUUGCAAAACUCCUCAGGCUGCGCUUUGAGAUCCCGAGAGCUGGACCCAAAAUAUAUACCAUUUAGUGUCAAACACAUUUUUGGAGAAACCUCAGGGUUCAUCUUGUGUUAGCCUGUCAAACCUAUUUCUUCCUUUCUCUUCUUUCUGUCUCUGUCUAGUUGCUCUGCCUUGUUAAAACUGAGGUAAUACACAACAGAUUGCCAAGGAUAUCUGCUUAAAAUAAAGUUAGGCAAAAUGAAUAGCAUCUGGAGAGCGCACAUCUGGAAAUCAAACGCAGGAGUUGCUGAAACCGCAAACCCUGCUCAGCUCCAGUGCUGCUCCACAUGACUCGCUGAUGGAGCACUAAACACGGUGACUUUGACUUCUUCAUAAACUGCCUCUGAGCUUUGUUUCCAAGCUGAUAUGAUUAUUGUAUGACAAGUCUCUCAGACACCAAGGCUGAAUGUCUCUGAAGAAAGACCAUGCCUGAUGCAAUAUUUGUUUUUUUCAUGACUUUUGUGUUACAUUUUAAAUAAAUAAUUUGACAUUUUAUAGAGUUGGAAACAAAUAUUGAUACCGUUGUCAUGUUUGUGUGCUGCACAUAAAAGUGGAGUAAAUUAGCUUAGUUUAGCAAGAAAAGUGAUAACAGGAGGAAACGGCUCGCAUAACUGAAAUUAUGAGCAUCUGAGUAGGAAAAACUGUUGUCAGAGCUCUCUCUAAUACCUCAAAUUUGAAGAUUUGGGAAAUUUCUAAAAGCAACAAUAUCUCCCACCUGGGGAAAAGAAUGAAAAAUGGCUCUAUAGCCAUCAAAAUAAAAUCCAAUCCUAAACUUAAACUAAUUCAGCUAAUUUUACCGGAUCUUUGAACCCUAGGUUCACCUGGUUCAUAAACUGCUAAAAAUGUGUCACUCAACAGAAGAUGCAAAUGUAAGAUAUUUAUCUAAAGUGACAUUGUGCUUUACCUUUAAUAACUGUCAUUAACAGUAAAUGGAUGGAGCUGUCUGUUUUCGAUAAGUUAUCAUAUUUUGUGAGUAUUUUUUAAGUGUACUGUCUUGAGUCUGUUGUUGGGGGUGUUUCAUUAUCUUAAGCAAUGUUCAGGUGUGCUAUGUUGUUUAAUUUGCAAGAGACCAUGCUCAGCAGAUCUUUGUUCAUUAUUGAAGUAAGAUUAAAGUCGCAACAACAAAGGGAUUCAUUUUGUAGAGUCACCACUUUAUUGCACAUGAUUACAUUAACGCGCAUACUACACCGCAACCUCACAGCGUGGUGAGACUGUUUACAGGCAGAAGCCUCGCUGCUCCUCCUCUUCCUCCUCUUUCAUCCUUCUGUCUCUUCUCGUGCUCUUUGUCCUCUACGUGGGUGAUCAUGUAGUUAGGGCUUCCAGGGAAGUCGAGAGAGAAAUUCAAAACUUUUGAUUUUACUGCAAUCAACCAGGUAAAGUGUUUUUUUGCUUUUUAUUUUUAUUUUUAUUUUCAGCUCUGUGUGAUGCGAGCUGUCAGGUUGGCAGAUAAAGAGAUCAGACAGGCUAUUACGUCUUCAGACAAAUACAGAGCUGGCUUUUGCCAUUUCAAUUAGCUCAUCAGAACGGGGAGAUAAGUGCGGUUAUGUAUCAUUGUCAUAUAUUCCACUGGCCUCUUUAUGCACCCUUUCAUCUGUGCUUUGCCUGCCUGUUUCUGUCUUCCUCCUGAUGUUCCCCCUCCUUCUCCUCUGUCUGUCUCUCUUCUCUUGUUUUUCCUGUCUACUGAACAGAGACAUGUUGAUAUGAGGCCCACUUGCACGGCCACAAGGGAACAAGUCUCUGGUGCUUUUGAUCAGCUGCAAGAUCAGACAUGUCCACCGCUCCCCCGUGUACACUCCAGUGACUGAUCAUGCAGUAUAAUGGGCAGGCACAGACAACCAAAGAUGCACACCCACACACAUGUUCUCUCUGUAGAUCGUAUAACCAUGAGUACGCACACACAGGCAUACAUACAAACACACACGGUACAAGUGUUGGCUCUGCUCACAGUGGGGUGGCUUGUUUGCUGGGCACGAGGGAGCGAAAGAGAGAUGGUGUGUGUGAUUUACCCUUUCUUGCCCCCUUUUUUUUGCCUCUGACAGUAAGAUGGAUGAUUGCAAUCACAGGAGCCAUCAGUGAGACAGAGUGGAGGUCUAUGGGGCAGUGAGACACAGCCAUGGGAAACCAGCCGUCAGAUUACUGCACCGCGCUGCCAUGGGAACACUGCACUGUUUAUUUGUCUGGGGGUUUUGUUGUUUCAUAUGCAUUUUCUUCUCUCCUUCACCUCCCCUCUGUGUGGCCUUUUGAUGUACGGAGCGGCUUAACUUCCUAAUAAAAUGUGUGUAGGCUCUAUGAGAGAAAGAGAAGGAGACCGUUUAUGUUUCAUACAUAGUGAGCCCACUGUAAGUCAAUAUGUCUCUUCAAACCAGUACAAAUGUGACAGAUUUCAUAGCGAUUAGACUGGUCUCUUUGAUCCCAUGAGAGACUGAGAGGCAGACUUUUCACUCCCCAGUCAACGGAUGUUUUUAAGAGAAACAUCUGUUGCUGUACAAAUGAGAUUACUGUGUCUCUCGCCAGGGGCCAUGUAGGUUAUGAAUGGCACUGUUACUGAGGAGGGGGUCUGGACAAGAGCUGAGAAGGAUCUUUGUAAUAAGCUGUAGCUGGUAGUUAAUGGCUUUAAAUCAAAUUAAAUUGCUUCAGAUUCUGGGUAUUCAUCAGUGCUCACCAUCAACUUGUUCAAUGCAAUCGCCAGCGCAGGAACCUUUGAAUCACCCUCUAACAUUGAUAAAUCCAAUAUUUCACCUUGUUGCCAAGCAACAACUCACCUCAUCCUCUGUAAACUUGUCAUCCGGUGACACAGCUUGAUAUUUAACUUGCAGGAGAGAAAAAGGACAGAGAAAUUACUGUUCCCAUCUUUUUGACUUUUAAUUAAAUGUGAUCUGCAUUUUACUGACCAUGA